CCCAAGUCCACGGCGCUGCCAUGAGUCCGAGUGAGCUCGGGUCGUGCGCGUCGUGAAAACCAGUCGACCUCCAGGCAGGCCGGAUGAGUGGAAAUUAAAGAACUUGGUGCUGCCCGUGUGAAAUAUGAAAGGACCGUUUCGGCUAUUGGUGCUUUACGGUUUGGUGACCUUGGGAACCUCCCAAGUGGAUGUGGAUCAGUUUGUCAAUGUGAACCGUGGGCAAGAGGUCACCCUGAGAUGCGUCUACACGGGGACACACACACCUGGGAGUAUAACCUGGCGGAAAGUAAACGGAGACGCCUCAGUGAGAAUCGCCGUUGCCCUUUCCAGCGGUUACAGAAUUGACAAUAGCACCUUCUACGGGCGACUCAACUUCACAAACUACACCUCUGAACUGUGGAACGGAUCCAUCCGCAUUGAAGACCUCCGUCUCGGGGACGAGGGAGACUUCUCCUGCAUCUUUGCCACUCUUGAUGACGACGUUCAAGCAACAAUCAACCUCACUGUGAACGUUCCCCCAAAAGCCUCCCUAGAGUUGAACCCGAACAAUUUGGUAGACGGCAUGGGGCUGGUAACCGUGGUGACGUGCGUCGCUCAGGAAGGAAAACCCGCAGCCUCCAUUACCUGGAGUGGCCUCCAUCAGGGCAGCUCCAAUGAGACCACAGAGGUGGCGCCGAACGGCACGGUGAUGGUGAGGAGCCGCUACUGGCUGGAGCCCACGUACGAGAGCCACGGGAGGAUACUCACCUGCAGGGUGGAGCACCGGGCCCUCGAUUCUCCAGUGGAGUACUCUACGACCCUCAACAUCCACUACAAACCGAGAGUGAGCAUCGCUGGCUACGAUGGCAAUUGGUACGUGGAUAAGGAAGGAGCCUCGUUGACUUGUGAAGCAGACGGGAACCCUAACAGCACGCACUACCUGUGGGACAGGAAAAACGGCUCCCUGCCCAACGGGACGGUUGUGAGCGGCAACUCCCUGUCCUUUAAGCGGCCACUAGUGGAGUCAGACUCUGGGUCGUUCUACUGCUGGGCCAAUAACUCUGUGGGCUGGGGCGAGGCGGUGGUUAUCAUUACCAUCCGGUCAGGUACAACCACCGCUGCUACAACCACCGCUACUACAACAACUACAUCCACUACGCCCAACGCAGCCACAACACCAGGUGGUGGCGCCGGUGUUGAGCCCUGGAUCAUAGCUGUCGCCGUCAUUGUGCCACUAUUGGUUUUGGCUGCAGUGGCUGCAUUAGUCUUUUUAUUCUGCAAGAAGAAGGGGACUCAAGCAAUGAAGAAGCGAAAACAUGGCCAGGACGCUCCAGUAGGUUCCGCACACCAACUGAACGACCAUACUAACAAUGACGUGGAGACCCCUGGAGCCCAGCCACAUGGAAAAGGAGCGCCCAUUGGGCAACAGAUCCCCAGUGAGAAUAAAACAACAGAGUAUGCGGAGAUUACAAUGCCUCCUCCCGGUAAAGACAAUCUCACCGACGGAGGGCUGAACGGCAAACCGAAUCGUGGCUACGAAGACAACCCUGCCGGCAGUGGUGGAAAACAGUCACCACAAGCUGCUCCGGUGACGAUUUACGCUGAACUCGAUAAAGAGAACUUGGCUAAGAAAAGUCAAUUUGGAUCCACAUCAGCUGGCAAACCUACAAGUAGUGGAAAACAGCCACCACAAGCUGCUCCGGCACCGAUUUAUUCUCAAGUCAAUAAAGAGAAAUCGGCUAAGAAAAGUCAAUUUGGAUCCACAUCAGCUGACAAACCUACAAGUUCGAGCCUCCAAGCAGAAGAUGAUGACGCAAAUGGGCAACAGGGAGCUUCACAGCUCAUAGGAUUGCCGAAGCCAAACGUACCUCCAAAGCCGAGGAAGGAUUCCCAGAAUAACAACUAUUGAAGUGAGACUCAAGAAAGUGAAAUUGAGCCACCCGCGGGACGUGAUGAAUGGACACGAAAAGACAAGAUCUAAGAAGACAAGGUCUCUCACCUGUGUCUCAAUGGCCAGGGGAAUAAGCACUCAGCCAGCACCGCUUAGGAUCUGGGUUAAAUCCCUAGGACAAGCGUUUCUCCUCCCAUCUCGGGGUUUAAAAUGGCCGGGUCAGCGCAGUAUGCUAGCGCCGAUUAGAGUUUGGUUUCUGUGAUUUUUUUGUGUUGAUGAUUUUAUACAAUGUAAUGUCAAGUUUUCAUGAAGUCGCGAUUGUUAUGUGGUCACUUCCCCAUAACUUUGUAACCGUGUUGUGAAUUGUUUAUUGCGUUUUUUUGUGUAAUUCUACUGCACCUCCAGUGUGAAAUUAAGCAAACUUUGAAAUGUUCUUCAUCUGUGCGAGCUCGAUAUAAGCCCAUCGUGAUAAUUCAUUUAAACUUAACAUGCCCCCGAAAUCACAAAGCGUAUCUCAUCUCAGGCAUUCGAAGGAACCGCCACUCCCCCACCUCCCGCAGUUCCAGCUGUCCCUGUGUCGCAUUCAUUUUUGUAUUCAGUCUGCGCGUGGAAGAGCAGGCCAAAUAUCCGCUGCUGGUGGUCUCAAGUGGAGGCUCUUCCGCCAGCAGUGACGUGAGCAGCAAUUGCAGGGCUGCUCCUUUAGCCACUGUUUUUGACCCAGGUCGCCCUUGCAAAUUGGGACUAAUCUGGUCUCUUGAGUUCCCACCUGGUUAAACCAAAUCCACUCUACUCCUUCGCUCACCAUCUCACUCAUUCACUCACUAACUCAUUCACUCACUCACUGAGCAUCUCACUCGCUCGUGUAAAUGAUAAUAACCCUACAACACGUAUUAUGACGCACUUGCUGCCAGUUGUAAAAGAAUAGCGAAACAAUUACAAUUAAAUGCACUAUUAAUGUAAUGCACAUAUGACCGCCAAUCAUUUCCAUUACUCCCGAAAAUGUUUUGCGAAAGUGCUAAUCUCACGAGCGUUCUAUUUCUGACACAGCCAUUGAAGCCAGAAUGUGAGAGGUUCCUACAUGUUCUUGACACCGCCAUUAUGAACACUCUGAGAAAAAGUUAAAUACAUUGUGUGACCCAGGGCUUCAAUCUAAAAUCUCGCUAUGUCCGGCAUGACCAUUAUGAACCUAUGGGCGCCACGGUGGCGAGAUGUUAACGGCCUCGCCUGGUAUGCAGGAGGUCGUGGGUUCGACCCCGACCCUGACGCCUGCUGUAUAUUUGGAGGUUGCGUGUUUUUCUCCGGGUCCUACGCCCCCCCCCCACCCUCAAAUUUCGAAUCAACAUCAUGCGUUCAGAGUAUUUGGCUGCAAUAAAUUUCCACGUGAUGAGCCACUUCAUUGGGCUUCUGAAAAAGAGCUACAGAACUCAGUGGGCCUUACCUGGAAAAAUAGGAAGUAGUUUUAUUUUUUAUUUAAGCCUUAGAUCUUAGGUCAUGAAGGCUUACGUCGAUGAGUGACUGAGAUUUUUUUUUUCUCCCAAACUCUGGAACUCGUUCCCCAUGAGAUUUCAGGAUCUCAUUUAGUCCAUGGACAUUUUUAAAACAUGUCUUUGAAAAAUUGCCCUGAGCAUUCAUUGUGUUAAGUGUUUUUAGUUUUCGGGAGUAUUUUUAUGCCGCGUGUCCACAUCUCUGUGUCCUGAACAGAGUUUUUAAAUCAUUGAUGGGGGGCACUAUAUACAUCGAAUAUAUUAUUAUUAUUAAGCUCUGCUUGACAGGUCCUCAGUACAAGCUGGGGCUGGCAUUGGCACUGAUGUUAUUAUCCACGACUGCAAAUAGAACUUCGGAUCAUUCGGAUCACGGCGCAAAGCGCACCCACUGCUUCCCACUCGGAGAAAAAAAUUAUGAUGGCACCGUGGCACUUGUGACAGGCUAGCUGCACUUUGAAGGCCACGAGGAGGUCAUGGGUAUUGGGGCCCAGUGAUGUGGAUUUCUUGAUCGAGAUGACUGGCAGAUGGCACCACCGCCUGUGCUCCCCCCAGACUGUGCCAACUCUCUGCGUUUUAUCUGCCCGCUGCUGCUGCUUGUUGUUGUGAGCGUCGCUCCUCUGCCCCUCCGUUGCUGGAGGGCGCUUUGCCUCUGACUGUCCAGUAGUAGUGUUCUUCACGAGCUUCCUCCUCCACAGAGGCCGAUCUUGACACCGCAACUCCCUCGUGUGCCACAGUGCCGGCCUUCAUAGGUGCCACUCGCUAACAGCACUUGCCUCGAACAGUCAGUUAAGGGUACACGGGGGAUCACUGUCUUUGGGACCAGAUUUAUGUAAUGUAACAAUUUACAUCGGAUUACACACACAAGGUGCGUUUUAAUUGCCUGAUUGUAUUUUAGUGUGAAGAAUCAGAUGUUUUUUCUUUCAUGAAUUUAUUUGAUGACAGCGGAAUAAACUCAACGCGGAUGUAUGAUAUCUAAUUAAAAAAGAUACGAAAUUUCUACUGUAAAUACCUGUCAAAUUUUGUAAUUCACUUUAAAUCAUAGGGUGACGAUUUUUUCACGUAAAAUGCACCACGGCAAGAUACGGAAGUCGUACGAUGCUUGAAAUAAAAAAAAUAAUGAAA